UCCAGCGCGGCAAUAUUCCCCAUCUGGAUUUGGACCCUCCAAGGCUCCAAUCCAACCCCUUCAAUUUGAAUUUGAAAACCAACACAAAUAAGUAUAACUUUACAUAGUAUAAAAAUUGAUUUGUUCACAGAAUCACAUGUGCAUAUCCUGUAUAUUUACCGGUGAAGUAAACUCUACUUAACGGCGCGCUAUUCUUGCAAAUUCAAAUACUCCUCCCUCCACAUUCAAUUGGUCCACUUCUUAUUCAUUUCUCACCCCCCACGCCCACCCCGCACCCCCAAUUAAAAAAAAAAAAAAAAAAAACCACUUCACUCAUAUAUUUGAAACCCUAGACCAAAACCAAAUUCAAAAAUUUCAAGAAGCCCACUUUUUAAUAUACCUACUCAUAGUUAAAUCUUUAUCUUUUUGUCAUUUCAUAAUACCCCAUCUUUUUAAAUUCAAGCAAUUUACAAUCUUGAAUUUGAAUUUUGUGGGGUUCUUUUUCUUUUUUUUCUUUUUAAUCCCCCAUUGGAAUUAUGGAAGAGGAUUGUGGGGUUUCUGAUCAGUCUAUUGAGAUAACUGGAUCUGGGAAAAAGGUAAUUGUUGGGGAGAAAAGGGGUUGUGCGGAAAUUGAAGAAAGAACAGAACUUUGUCAUAAAAGAGUGAAAAUGAGGGAUCUUGAAUCGGUUUUGCGUAGAGAAGAGAAAACUGAAAUUGGCACCGGUAAACUGGUCACUGAUCCUGCACUUAGAUUGAUUGAUCUGAAUGCAAAUGUUGUUGCUUCUAGCAAUGCCAUUGCAUCACAUGUUGACGAAACCAACAAACUGGUCUCUCUGGGGAAGAAAUACAAUGGUCCUGAGGGGGACUCUAUGAAGUCGAAAGGGUUUGCUUUAGAUCUGAAUGCAGAAGAUGUUACUAGCUCUAUUAAUCAUGAAUCUUCGUUUCCGUGCAAGAACUCUGCGUACUUGAAAUCGAAGGAUGAUUUUGAGUGUGCAAGUUCAGUUGGUCCAUUGGACGAGAAUGAAUCGAUGAGAAUCUGGAAUGAGAUGAAACAAAAUGGUUUUCUUUCACACACUCACGGAGGUGCACCAAUGCCAAAGGUGCAAGGGAGGAAAAGUAAAACUGAUGGAAUGAAGAAAAAGAUGGAGCUUGCGAAGAAAGAACGAGUUGAUAGGUUUGCAAAGAUUGCUGCACCGAGUGGGUUGCUCAACGGGUUAAACCCAGGGAUCAUAAACCAUGUCAGGAACAGUAAGCAAGUUCAUUCCAUAAUAGAAGCCCUAGUAAGAUCUGAAAAGCGUGAAAAUGCCCAUGGUAGGAGCAAGAACCAAACAAAGAAAGGCCAUGGUGAAAGAAUGAAAGACCAGGAAAAUAACGAUGGUCCAGGAGCAAGCAGAUUCAGCCCUGCUCUUGAAGAUCUGCCAGGAAGCAGUGGUUACCUAACAUCACUAAAGAAAUCAAUCGCUUUGAGCCCAGUGUUUACGGGAGGAGAUGGAGGUUCAUGCAUGGUUGGCACCAGGGUUACUGGAAAGAUGGUUUAUCAUCCAGACCCUAACGUAGAUACUGAGGAUGAUGCACUUGCACUGAAAUUGUCAUCAUCCACAACCAUUGCCUCGGAUAAUACAAGCUCAUUGUCUAAUGAGGAAUCAGCAAACCUAGCAAGUGUUAAUUCACUUUCUAUUAAAGCUGCUAACGUAGCUUCACAAUGGUUGGAAUUGCUUCAUCAAGACAUUAAAGGUCGUCUUGCAGCAUUGCGGCGUAGUAAAAGGAGAGUCCGGGCUGUAAUUCAAACAGAAUUCCCUUGCUUAUUUUCCAGAGAAUUCUCAUCUAAUCAAGAGAACAGCUCAUAUGGUACACAAAGCUCUUCUGUUGGUCAUUUUGACAAUGCUACUGCUCAUGCACAUCGUGCUAGAUGGACAGCAUUGUUUGAUCAGAUGGAAAAAGCUCUUUCCGAAGAAGAAAGGCAACUGGAAAGUUGGCUGAACCAAGUAAAGCAAAUGCAGCUGCAAUGUGAACAGGGUCUUCAGAAAUAUGGUGCACCGUAUGGUUUGCAACAGUUGGGGAUAUUACAAAACGACUGCAGAUUAGAGAAACCCGAGAGCUCAGAAACGGAUUUAGCAGUCAGGGCUGCUGCUGCUUCCAUUUAUUCAACAUGCAACUUUCUAUCUUCGAUGGAAAACCAACCUUGUUACUGACAGCUUUGUUUGCAAUUCCUUCUUGUAAUACUGGAAUCAAUUAUACUGUACUUUUGACUCUACUGAUUCAUUUCUACUUAGUAUACAAUAUGCAAUGCUGUGUUAAUUGA